UAAAGCUUCUCUUGACGGAACUGCGUUUACGUAAAUAAAUCGUAUGCCUCACACACCACGUUCAUGAUGAAACGGUCUCGGAAAGGCGGUGACUGCGACUUGCGUCAACCAACUGCGGCACCGAGCAAGUCAGACGACGCGCACUCUGGGAACGGAAAACAGGCUCUUAACAGGGUCGCUGCUCGAGAUCGCAAC